AUGGAAAUGACAUUCGAUCUAAUUACUGGGUAUUUGAAGUCAAAACCUUCGAGUAACAUGAAAAGGACAACGGAGGUUAUACGUUUUUGCUUACCCGGUUUAAGUGAAAGUGGCCAUUUAACGAUACAUCGACGCACACACACUGGUGAAAGACCGUACGCGUGCGAUGUGUGUAACAAAACAUUCAGUCAUAGAAGCGAUUUGACAAGACAUCGACGCACACACACUGGUGAUAAACCGUACGCGUGCGAUGUUUGUGACAAAUCAUUCAGUCAAAGAAGCAUUUUGACAAGACAUCGACACACACACWGUGGUGAAAAACCAUACGCGUGUGAUGUUUGUGACAAAUUUUUCUCUACAAACUCCAGUUUKAUAAUACAUCGACGCACACACACUGGCGAAAAACCGUAUGCGUGCGAUGUUUGUUACAAAUCAUUCAGCGUAAGUGGCCAUUUGACAAAACAUCGACGCACACACACUGGUGAAAAGCCGUACGCGUGCGAUGUUUGUGACAAAUCAUUCAGCCAAAGUGGCUAUUUAACGAUACAUCGACGCACACACACUGGUGAUAAACCGUACGCGUGCGAUGUGUGUGACAAAUCAUUCAGCGUAAGUGGCCAUUUGACAAAACAUCGAUGCACACACACUGGUAAAAAACCGUUCGCGUGCGAUGUCUGUGACAAAUCAUUCAGUCAAAGCAGCAAUUUGAUAAUGCAUCGACGCACACACACUGGUGAAAAACCAUACGCGUGCGAUGUUUGUGACAAAUCAUUCAGUCAAAGAAGCAUUUUCACAAGACAUCGACACACACACACUGGCGAAAAACCGUACGCGUGCGAUGUGUGUAACAAAACAUUCAGUCAUAGAAGCGAUUUGACAAGACAUCGACGUACACACACUGGUGAAAGACCGUACGCGUGCGAUGUUUGUGACAAAUUUUUCUCUACAAACUCCAAUAAUACAUUUUCUCAUAUUAAUGUUCYUACAAAUAAUCCAGAUGAUCCAAUGUGUAGUGUUAAAAAUACAGACUGCACGGAUGACUCGUUGUUGAUGUGUGAUCAAUCACCAGCAUCAAAUGUUGGUAACUUACUAAAACUAGUAAUAGAAAAAAAACAUCUACAAACUAUUUCUGAUACAUUUGGUUUAUCUUUUGAUCAACUCGACACUGAAGUCAGACUGUUUACACAAAUAUAUGACAUUCCAAGAGGAAGUAAUAAUAGUACAAUAACUCAGUGGUUGAGUUGGAUAACUAAAGAUGGAACAGACCGAAUGAGAACUUUUGAAAAUAUAUUAAAAGUUCUACAAGAAUUUACUGCCAUACCAGUCACUAGUUGCUCUUGUGAAAGAGCUUUUUCAAAAAUGGCAAUAGUUAAAAAUAAAUUAAGAAGUACAAUGGCUCAAGAAAAGUUAGAUGCCUUACUUACAAUUUUUGUUGAACAGGAAAUUGCAAAAUCUUUAGAUAUGGAGGAAAUUAUUGAUGAGUUUAAAACACUAACACCAAUACAAAGAAGAUUACCAUUAUAA